AUGUCCCAGAGACGGAGACUCCAUGACUUCCCCGGGCAGCCUGUUCCAGUGCUCUGCCACCCUCAGUGUAAGCUCUUUCUCAAGCUGAGGUGGAGCUUACUGUCUUUUAGUUUAUGGCCAUUACUCUUCGUCCUGUCACUGAGCACCACUGAGCAGUGCCUGGCACCGUCCUCUUGGCAGCCGCCUCUGAGCGCCGGAUCCGGGACCGAGGGCCCUCAGCGGCGUGUCGUGGUAGUGAGGAUCAGCAGCCCCUUCGCUUGGCUCCGCACCCGCUUCUACUACCUGCUCAUCCGCCUCUACUUCGACCACGAAUUCAGCAUCGAGGAGUUCACGCGGGGAGCCAAGCAGGCCUUCUCUGUUGUUUCAAAGCUGCUGUCUCAGCGUAAACUUGACCUGCUGGAAGAACUUGUAUCAGCAGAGGUACUUCAGGUGCUGAAGGAAAAGAUUUCUUUGCUCCCUGACAGCCACAGGGAUGCUUUAGCAGCUGACAUUGAUGCAAUCAUGUACACAACAGAAGGAGAUGUUCGCAUUUACUAUGAUGAUGAUGGAAGAAAGUUUGUUAGCAUCCUGAUGUGCUUCUGGUAUCUGAAUGGUGCUAAUCUACCUGACGAAGUUCCAGGUGAAGCCAAAGUCUUCCAGAUUGUGUUUGGAGAUGAAAACACAAAAGAAAAGAAACAUCUUUUAACAGCAAACUAUGAGUUCCAAAGGGAGUUUACAGAAGGAGCAAAACCAGACUGGACUAUUACACGGAUUGAACAUCCAAGACUAUUAGAAUAAAUGCCUUCUUACAGCCUUUUUAUGUACCACUGUAAUUAUUUUGAUGUAACAAAUGCCAGGCUUUUUUGGGUCUUUUUUUCCCCUUCCUGCCUUUUCCUCCAAAAGAAGGACAAAUUUUCUAUGUAUGAUUUCCAGAAAUUCUUUCUGAAGCUUGCACUGUGCUGCAGUGUUACAGCAAAGCCUUUUCCCUGGAACAGGCUGGUAGAAAUUUAACUGGUUGCAGUGCUCAUCCAAGGCAUUUAGACAGCACAGUUUCAUUCAGGCAGGUGUAAUGGAUAUGCCAAUUUCUUACAUUCUGACAAGAAAUGGUACUGUUUGAAAAUAAACAACACUUAAAUGAC